AUGUCGGUCCCGAAAAAACGAAAAAGCGACGUUCAUAUUGACUCCUGUGCACGAGAUGAUUCUGAUCAUCAGACAAAAAAAGAUAAACAUUGGUUUGAAGAGGCUGAACAAAAUGGAGAAAAUCGAAGAGGAUCGAUCUUCAAAGGAAUUUUCAAAAAGAUGAAAAGUUCGGCGUCUUUAAAGAGCUCGAACAAAGGAACUUCCAGUUCAAAACUCGAGACAUUAGCCAAUGAAACUCAGCUCUCGAUUAACAGCGAAUCAAGUGUAACAUCUGUGGAAUCUGGACCUAGUUCCCUCGUUCCCAAUAUUGCUAAAAACGCAGUACUCCGAACAUUCGUUAACCGAGAGUCUUUUACACCAGUUCCUCCAUCAAAUGAAGUAGAGCCAACCGAUCCAUUUUUGUUGCCGACCGUUGGUGGUUCGAAGCAAGAGUCAACAAGCAGGAUGGAAGACUCAAUUUCGAUAUCUUCACACAUGUCAGUCGAUACUAUCGGAUCAAAUCAUACUAUAGACGAAGAUUCUGUCUCAAUUGGUUCCGCUUCGGCUUUUUGUACUCCAAGUAGAAAUUCACUUCAACGCAACGGCCUCCGAGCGUCAUCUCGAAGUGUAUCAGGAAUAGACGGAGACGACGAUAUGCCACCAGCUCUUUUCCGAUCUCUGUGCAAUAGUGCUGUACGCCGUGUUCCGAACUCGAAGUUAUUAGAAAAUGGGAAUAAUCAGAUGCGUCGCUCGAUGCGAAUGACCAUACAGAAAAGAAAUUUGUCAACGAAAAGUAUGGAAGAUGUUCCAGAAGAAGAGGAAGCAACCGGUGUAAUUAGUACAGCUGUGAUAAGAAUGAGUGCUCCAAUUGCUGAAGAAGAGUGCGAGGAACAGUUUGGAGGCGCUAAGGAGUUUUUCGAUUCGAACAUCACAUCGCAUGACGAAUCUGCCGAUGAAGGGACAGCUUCUGUUUCCAGACUUUCAACAGCUUCGGAGUCGAGAGCUUCUACCGGGGGGACAAGUCUUGGUCGUAAAAGUUCAAUUUUUCGCAAAUUUUUCAACGGGAAGGAUAAAGAGCGGCGAUUGAGUGAAGUCUUUCACAAUGCUGAACCGUCAACUUCCACUGAAAGACGUGGUUCAAUUCUUUCGUUCACAAAUGACUGUUCAUUCGCUGGAGGAAUGCCUUCGGCUUCUGUUUCUGCUUCUGUUGGAAAUGUAUCUAUCUCGAGUGUAGCAUCGAGCGAAUCUGUCCAAAAACCGAAAAUGCGAAAGAAGAAUCCAUCCACAUCGAAUCUCACUCAAAGACUAUCGUCGGUAUUCAGGAGAAGUUCAAGCACUGCUAAUAAAGAUGAUGAUUUCUUCUGUCCAAGCACUCAAUCCACUCGUCGGAACACUCUGACUGGGUACUCUUCAAUUUCAUCCGGAAUUGGUAGCAUUGCGAGUGGUGUGUCCGAUCAAGGUUACGGAACUAUUGGUUCCCGAAACGGGCACAGUAUAUCAAGAAAUGGGUCGAAGCGCGAUGACGAAAAUAAGCGAGAGCGAUCUCGUCGUCUAAUCGAUCGAAUUAUUAUCUCAGACAUUCCAGCGUCCGAUCUCUUGAAAAUGAAAUUGGAGCAGAUUAGGAGAAAAGAUUGUGAUGAUAGUGAUGAAAUGUUUGAAACACAAAUGAAAGGCUCCACUUCGUUGAACUCGUUUUCGCAGAGCGAAUAUUUGAAUUUCGACGUCGUCGCUGUCGACUUGAAGCACGAUGGAACCCCAUUUUCCUCGACCGCUGCCUCGUAUGUAGAUGAAAAAAUAAUAAAAAUGGUGAAGGAGGACAUGCAUUCAAACUUCCGACCAGACAGAUGUGGAUCAGUCACUGAUUGUGAGCCCAAUCUUGUAUACGUUCAACCGGAACACCCACAAAUACUGAGGGGACCGAAUGACUCGAUCGCUUCGAAUUCUGAUCCGAGCUCUGAGCUUCUUCGCAAUGUUCGUAAUGGACUACACAAUUCGAUCGAGGAGUGGAAAAAAAUCUCAAGCACUCGCGAAUCAUCGACAAUGCUCAUCUAUCCUACAUUCUGUCAAUCGGAGGAAGAAUGGGAUUCCCAAGCCACUAUCGAUGCCAUCUUCAUGAUGCUCGACAGUAUAUUGCAAAACGUCAGACGUUGGCGACCGAAUGGCAAAUGUAUUUUGGCUGGUCUGACACCAUCGAACGUCAGUCUACUCCGCGAAAAAUACGACAAGUUGAAAGAGUCGGUGGAACAAACGGAACGCGACGGACCAGGAUCUUCAUUCGAAGACGUCGACAUUCAAUCCAUAUCCAGCACUUCAACAGUGUUCGGUAAACACAUGUGA